UUGCAUUCCUGCGGAGUAUUUGACCUCUGAACCUGGUUUGUCCUGCAAAACUACGGCUGCUAACCCUGCGUUCACUCUGCCUCGGCAUGAAAAUGUGUUUUUAUUGCUGAUUUAAACCGGGUAAUAGACACGCAAGCAACCACUACAAGCACAAUUGUAUUGUCUUGGGUUGAAAAGAGACUAUUCUUCGAUUAUAUUUAGCUGCUGCUGAACAGUCCAGCUGCGAUCUCAUUGAGGUUAAGUAGCCACCCAGCAGAGACGAGCCUUAAAGAAAUGAAGGACAAACAAAAGAGAAAGAAGGAGCGGACCUGGGCUGAAGCAGCUCGCAUGGUGCUGGAGAACUUCUCUGAUGCACCAAUGACUCCGAAACAAAUCCUCCAUGUCAUCCAGAGCAAGGGGCUGAAAGAAAUGAGAAGUGGCACAGCUCCUCUGGCCUGCCUGGUCACCAUGCUGCACUCUCAAGUGAGGGGAGACAGGGUCAAAAACAGCAUCUUCUUUAAACUUCCUGGACGAAUGAGCCUGUUUACUCUGAAGAAAAAUGCCCUCCAGUGGACAAAACCAACAUCAGAAUCAGAAGCUCCAUCGGAGCCAGUUGGAAAUGCUGCACACCCAACUUCAAGCAGCAGCACCACAGUUCCAGGAUCUGCUGUUGCCCUUGUUGACUCCAGCGAAACCAUUGAACACGAAAGCUAUGACUCCUCAGAGACUAUUGUAGCCGGAAUCAUAGACAAUGAUGCGUCAUUGGAUGAUAAUUCAUCCAGUGCCUCCUGCUCCACAGAACUGCAGACUCCCAGCACCCACCCUCAGACACGCCUCAGCAGGGCAACUGGACAGCAGGGACGUACAGAUGUUCAGCAAAGCCAACAUGCUCAGACCAGACUAAGUCGUUCAAGACAGUCAGGAAGACAAAGGAAGAAAGCUGUCAUGAUGCCUCGUGUUGUCCUCACUCCACUUAAAGUCAAUGGAGAGCAUGUGUCCACAGGUCCCAUGAAAAGGAGUCGUGGAGGUGUAGAUAUUGACUUUGAAACGCCUGGUUCCAUUCUGGUCAACACCAACAUUAGAGCCCUCAUCAAUGUGCGGACCUUCUCAGCCUUUCCCUUGCAUUCACAGCAGCAGCUCCUGCAGCUGUUGCCUGAGGUGGAUCGACAAAUUGGACCUGAUGGUAUGGCUCGACUGAGUACUUCAGCUCUUAACAAUGAGUUCUUCACCCAUGCCUCUCAGAGUUGGAAAGAAAGGCUUGCUGAAGGUGAAUUCACCCAUGAAAUGCAGGUCCGUUUCCGGCAAGAAAAGGAGAAAGAGAAGAAGGUAGAAGCAUGGAAAGAGAAGUUUUUUGAAGAAUACCAUGGGCAAAAGUCUGGCCUAACACAAGACGAGUCCCUAAAACUUACCAUGAGUGAAGCCAGUGAAGUUGCAGGCGCUGUGCUGGAAAGUGAUGCUGAUGUGGUCUCAGCUGGCAUCCCCAAAAGACGCAGUGUGGGUCGGCGUAGGAGAGAUGGCAGGAUUAGGAGACGCACACGGGCUGACUUGCGUCGCAGGGCCCGCCGGACGCUUUGCAAGGCAGCUCCAGCUCUGCAAUCAAAAGAUACUAGUGCUGACACUAGUGCGGUAUUGGACAUAGCAGCAGUCACUAUUGACUCUCCCAUAUCCAACAACACAGUUAUUCAAGGAGAGGUAGUGCUUCAUGUUGACUGUGGUGUGGAACUCCCAGUUGAGAGUACUGUGACAGAGCCAAAGGCCUCUCCUGCUCCGGAGCCAAUAACAUUGGCAGUUCCUACUCCUCUUCGAAGUCCCAGUCUCAGCACAGCUUCCACCAGUGCAAAUGAAGAGCCUGAAGUUACUCCCUCUUUGCUACCCACGGAGGUUGCACCUAUCCUGGCUUCCACCACCUCUCCAUCUUCAUCCAGUUCUUCCUCCUCACCUGCCUCCUCACCUGCCUCAUCGCCCUCUUCUCCUGAACAACAGGGAGCUUUUGCCACAGGGCUGGACUCUUCAUCCUCUUCAGGAUCUUCUAGUGCAACAGUUCCUGCUGAUCCGUUAGAUGAUACGGCCUCUGUGGUCACCUCCAUCACAGGAGGGAAUGUCACAAGCAGUCGUGAGAGCAGUCCGUCAGCUAGCCCAGCUACCACCCCUAUGCUCAUCACCCAGCUUAAGGAACAGAAAAGAAAGCAGGAUGAGGUUGAGGCUUUCUCCAGCUUUCCCGAAAAAAGGACACGUCUUAAUGACCGUCGGUCCUUUCGUACCACAAUUGACAGUGUCUGUUCAGAGAAGCCACAGCCGACAACCGAAGAACCCAAAGUGCCACCUAUUCGGAUUCAACUUUCCAGAAUCAAACCUCCGUGGGUCAAAGGGCACCCCACCUACCAGAUCUGUCCCCGAAUUGUGCCCCCGACCGAAUGUUCGCGGAGGUCGGGGACGGGCGGGGCGCGAACUCUGGCAGACAUCAAGGCCCGCGCCCAGCAAGCCCGUGCCCAACGCGAGGCUGCUGUUGCAGCCUCUGGCGAGGGGUCAGGGGCGACCGGUGUCCGGCUGUGGGCUUCUGCUGGGUUAUCGGAUAGCAGCAAUGAACGAAGAACACGAGAGCAUCCAGGACCAAUUGAGCCCGGAGGAGGUGGAGGAAGAGGAGGUAAUGGGAUUGAAGAGCAGGAAUUUUCUUCAGAACCUAAUUCGUCUGGAACACAACUACAGCUUCUCGAUGUAGAAGCUACAUCCCACCCAUCCCCUUCAAUGUCAAAUACAUCAGCUUCCAUGUCCCCACAAGUUGUAAGUCCUCAUCGACACAGACUGAGUAUAACAACUAAGGUUCAAGCAGAAAUGGAGGAAACGUCAGCCAAUCCCCUGAGCUCCUCUAAUGGGUUAACAGAUGGGGAUAUUACAGUUCCCCCAGAGCCUGACACUAAAUUCAUGUCAUCAUCCUCAAUGUCAGCCAAGGAUAGCCUGAUGCCUGAGUCUACUGCUGCCUUUUCAGAAAUGGCAGAUCCAGGUGAAAAACUUGCCCUGACCCAAACUUCAAUCCCAGACUCCUUUCCCAGGUUUGGGGCUCAUGGUGUGGAUGUUAUUCAAACACUGGGUAGCUCUUAUCAGAUCAAGGGGCAAGAAAAGGGAAAGAAGGUAGGACUGGGUGGUGUUAUCCAUCACAGUUCACACCAUUUCGACCCACAAGAAGAAUUUUCUCAAACAGCCAAAUGGUCAGCAACUGUGUCUUCUCCAAAACGGGUAGAGAUUAUUAAUGUUUUCAGUCAGAAGGAUGACGAAGAGGGUAUACACAGUGAUUCAACAGAAACUGCUUCAGACUGUGAAAACGAGAGCCAAGAGGAUGAGCAGCAACAAUACCCUGACCCCAGCUGGACCUCCCAGCUGAGCACCCAACAAAAUGGCCAGUUGGUCAUUCCUUCUCAAAACCAGCAACCAGUCAUCCAUGGCCACUUGUCUGGCCAUAAAGGUCAGACUGUCAUUCAACCUUGCUUCCCUAAAGGUCUUCCUCAACUGAAAGACAACCAUUUUCAAGAGCACCACUCUCUUAGUCCUUGUCCACAUGGACAAAAAGAAAACAAUAUUGCUGUCAAAGUGGAAAUUGGAGAAGACUGUCAAAGCUCUAAGGAAAGCUCUACUGAAGGGGAGUUUUGUGGAUCUUUAAAGUCUCCUGUCACUCAGCCAAAUGGUUCAGCUACUUCCAAGAGACUGACAAACUCAGCCAGGCCUGUGUCCUCUGUGGAGGCCAACAACCCUUUAGUCACACAGUUAUUACAAGGCAGUCUGCCUCUUGAGAAAGUUCUACCACCACACUCUGCCAAUAGGCUGGCCUUUAGCAUAUUGCCGGGCCAACCACCAAGACCAUCAGAAUCAAGGAACCUUGAAACUGGCCAUAGGUCUGAAUUUUCAAGCCAGUGUCUCACUCCAGACUUGACUCCUAACCUUAGCAAGUCACCCACAGGCAAUCCAAUCUCUUGUCUGAUAGGUGCCCCAGAUGUAUCUCAGCACCCGUGCCCACUGGCUGCUGGGGGUGUCCCCGUCAUUACCUCUCUGCCCCCUUCUUCCACUUAUUUUUCAUCCAAAAGCAAGUCAGAAGGUGUCUCUCUUGCUGCUGUAGAAUCUAGAGUUAUUAAAGAGUAUUGUAGCCAUCAACUUUCACAGAGAGACACUCCAGACUUGGGCCAACAAGUCGAAUGUCAAAUUAUGUCCAAUGGCCUCUCUUCCCCUGCUGAAACCUAUUGCACUGAAGGGAAGGCCAAUACUAAAUUCAACAUGCAGCUUCCACAGUCUCAGCAAUCCCACUCUCAUCAAAGAAAGCUGUCUCCUGCACCUGCUGUGAAAAAUGAAAUUGGUCCACAACCUUCAUGCCAGGCUGUUGCCAAGUCUGCAUCUACUGUACCUGGUGUGACUAAAAAGGAGCCAGCGAACUCCAUGGAUGAGUAUUUGAGUGGAGGGGCGAUGGAGGGACUUCUCAACAUGGAGAUGACUUUGACAAGGAUAUCAAAAAAAGAGCACAGCAAAGUUUCCUGUUCUUCCAGCUCUUCCUCUCUUUCUCCUUUACCAUCCUCCUCGUCAUCCUCCCUUCCCUUCCAACUAUAUGGAAAGAUGCCUAAACAAGGUGGAAGUAGUGGAGUAGUAAGUUACACAGCUAAUGUGUCAAUGAUGGAUAAUGGUGGAUUUUCCCGGAGUAUGGCUGAUGGUGUACACCAGUUGCGCCCCCGCUUGGCCUCCAGCCAUACCACACUCAGCAUCCAGGCAUUUACAGACAGCACAGCUGAGGAAGUGGCACUUAAGUGCUCAUGUCGCCUGAAAGCUAUGAUCAUGUGCCAAGGCUGUGGUGCCUUUUGCCAUGAUGAUUGCAUUGGACCUUCCAAACUCUGUGUUUCGUGCUUGGUGGUCAGAUAGUGUGUACUAGUCUCUGUGCACUGUAAACUUUCAUUCAGUAAUGUACCAGCAGCAUUAUCGGGCAGCUUCAGAGUGUGCAGAAGCCUAAUAAGGCUAGAGAACACAGGCCAGUUGUGACUGGCAAAAUAUGUUGUGUAAAAAGUUUUUGUUGUCGCAGAUUUUGUGUUUUUUCUUUUUUUCUAGCUGUAUUGAUUGCUAUUAUUGUUGUGAAUCCGGAGCAUGCUUAACUGUAAAUUUAGCUAUUUACCUCAUCUUGUCUUGCUCCCCUUUGCAUCAUUUGGAGGUCACUGUUGUUUUGAUUUCUCAUUUGCUCUGCAAAUAGGGACUGACUGUAUGCCUAAAGAAUUAUUUUUUUAUCCAUUAAAAUAAAUAAAUGAAAUUGCGCCA